AAAAAAUUUGUAACCAGAAAUUCGAUCAAGUUGGAAACCAAUCAACCAUUAGCCGGAUCAAGAACAGUAGCGUGCGCCGCAGCGAGCGCAGUGCGCACCAAGUUCCCCCACUUCUCAAGGCUAAUAAAAGAGUGGAAGAAAAAGGGAUCAUUCUGCUAGUCUGCAUCUGCGACCACCACCCACCUCGUCUCUCUGUCAGCCUCCCUCCGCCCUCAGUGAAAUCACAACUUCUUAAAUAACCCAUCAAAGCUUCCACUUCACUACCCACUCUCUCUCUCUCUCUCUCUUCCUUGAGCCCAAAACAAGCAAACAGCACAAGUUUCCUUAUCUUUCCCUUUUCGUGCUUUCUUUCUUUUCCUCUGCAAAUCCUCACACCAUUCGGAUCCCCACCUCCGCUAUACCCACCCGGAUACCGGAAUUUCAGUUAAUGAGACCCGCCGGAAUGAUAUUAUGGAUCCCCCGCUUAUAAACGAGUCGUCUUUCUCCGCUGCCAACCCUUCUUCCUACAGUUUGGCGGAGAUUUGGCCAUUUCAGGGGAUCAAUGUGGAAGCCGGUGCUGCUGGGUUGGGCCUCCGAGUGGGCAAUUUAGCCUCUGCAAUUGGGUUUGGAAUUGGACACCCAGAUGGGUCCGCUGAGGAAUCCUCGGUGACGGACCAUAGUGGCGCCGCCGCCGUCGCCGCCGCCGGGAAUGCCAGGAAGCGGAGGGAUUUCAGCUCCGAGGAUGAAUCUUCUAGGAUGGUUUCUACUACUAGCAGCGGCAAUGAAUUGAAUGAUUCCAAGAAUAAACGGAUGAAGCAAUCAGGGUCCAGAAAUGAAACUGGUAAUUCUAGAGCUGAGCCAAAUUCUACUGCCACUGAUACGGCAGCUGAUCAGAGUAAACCCUCUGAGCCGCCUAAGCAAGAUUUCAUUCAUGUGAGAGCAAGAAGGGGUCAAGCCACUGAUAGCCACAGUCUUGCUGAAAGAGCGAGGCGAGAAAAGAUAAGUGAGAGAAUGAAGUUACUUCAGGAUUUGGUGCCUGGUUGUAACAAGAUAAUUGGCAAGGCGCUGGUACUUGAUGAGAUCAUAAAUUAUGUUCAAUCCUUACAACGGCAGGUUGAGUUCCUAUCGAUGAAGCUAGAAACUGUAAAUGCGAGGAUGGGCAUGAACACGGCCAUGGAGGGUUUUCAUCUUAAAGAUCUCGGCGGCCAUCCAUUUGAUGCUACUGGGAUGAUGUUCGGACAACAAGCGACGAGGGAAUACGUGCAAGGACCACAAGCGGAAUGGCUACACAUGCAGGUUGGUGGGGGUUUUGAAAGGUCGUCAUGAUCAUGAAGCAAGCAACUAUAGAUUUGUUCUUCUUUGGUUCUCAUUAUUGAUAUAAAUGGUGUUGAAUAUGUUUUCCUUUCUCUCUACCUAGUUGCGAGAGAAUACUCUAGUUUGUAAUCUUGUAUCAUGUGUAGAAAACCCCCCUAUUCAUUGUGUAUCAUACUCACGGAUUCACCGAUUCAAAAACCCUGAUAAAACAUAGUGAAUUCAGUUUGCAAAUGGUGAAACUGUAAUGGAAUUUUGUAAGCUUCUUUUUCCCCCCACCAAAUAGUGAUAUCAAGUACUGAAAUUGUGUUCCAAGGUCUGAAUUACAUCAUCCCCAACUAGGAAACCCUUGGCCAAGACUUCAUCAAGGAUUUUGUUGGGUUUAGAACCAAAGACUGCUUUAGCUACUACAUAAACAGAUCAUAAUCUGCCAAAGCUACGACAGCAACCGCUUUUCUGUACCCGACACCAUUGUACUGGAAAUGAAUCAAGCCCUUCGGCCUUGGGUUCGGAAACAUGUCCUGAUGCUGUAGGACAUUUGAGCACAGGAUGUCAGCUGUCGACGCAAACCCUAGGAGUAGCUCCCCUUGGAUGCUAGUUGCGCUACGAGCAAGGGAUACUGCAAAUCACUGCAGAUCAGCAACUUGCCUUAUAUAGGGACUAGGGACACGGAGCGAUUGGGAUGGCAAGUUCUGUUCUUGUUUCCAUGAGUAUAUAUCGCAAGGAGGCAGUUGUACUGGAAAUAGAUUGCUGCAAUCGCAAGCGGUAAGGAGUCAUUGUACAGAGGAUUUCAGUUGUUUUCAAUGGGGGAGUUGACUUGGGAGUUCCAUAUCUCAGCUGUUGCCUAGAAUAUCAAUAGAGAGAGGUUUGGAAGGGCAGUUUCUGUUGCACUAAAACAUCAGUAAAGAGAGGUUUGGAAAGACAGUAUCAGUAUAGAAUCUGAUAAAAAUGGGUAGUUUUUGGCCUUUGUGCAUUUUCAAUGCAAUCAGCCUACGCAGCUGAUCUUCUUGCCUCUUUGAGAGCAGGGGCCAGGGGCUGAUGCAGAUGCAGUCUAGUAUCUUCAAUAUCUUUUAACCUGAUUUUCGCACCAAAUUAAGCAUUCUUUUUUUACAUCUUACUUCUCUAUUUUAACGCUUGAAUUUGUGCUAGCUAAAUAUUUGUUCGGCAUACUUGAACAAAUUUGCUUUCUACCUGAAAUAUUAAAUUUUAUGUGACUAUUUAUACGCAAUUUGAAUAGUUGAAUUUUGUUCAACCAAGUAUUUGUGGAAUCAUUUGAUUUUUCGAAAUACAUUGUUAAACAUUCA